AUGGAAGCUGGAGAAGGGGAAGGAUCGGCGGCGGAGGUGACGGAAGUACUGCGCGUUCGCCGCGUCGAGGCGUUGCCUUCUCCCGAGCACUUCUGCGUCAUUGAGUCUGCCAACGUCCCCGCGGUAACGGCUGCCGCUUCGCUCUCGAUUCUGCUUUCCAUGACAUGUCUGGUUUCUGCGAAUUCUCCCAAUGAUAUCUAGAAAAGGCUCCCGUGACACCAUGCUGCCGCCUCUUGAAGGUUUUCGUUGCCGCUGUCAAGGACUGGAAUGCUUGCUCCUCGUGGGACCCCCGGAGUGGUGGGCUUGACUACUUGCUGGUCUGUCUUUCUCUUUCUCUGUGUCUCUAGCUCUUCCUAUUUAUUUAUUUAUUGAUUUUUACUCUUCCACUAGGCCAUGCUCUAGCUUUAUUUUUCCGGAGUAUUCUUGAGGAUGAUGCUAAAAUAGGCAUUGCCACCAUUAAACGAAACCAGGCUUAUUUAUGACAUAUAUUGUUCUUUUUUUACUGACUCCCAUGACUCCGUUUUUUCUGUUUAUUUACGUGGGUAGAGUUAUGCCUGGUAGCCGUUAUUGUAAUAGGAUCCCCCCGCUUGACAGUUGGUCCUUUCAUCUUGCUCAUUUCUUGAUUUCUCAUUACUGAAAUGGUCAUAUUUUAUACAAGGAAUCAGCUAGUACGCGCAAGAAGAUGUUGCCAUUUUAAGUUUGAGGUCAAACACUGUCUGAUGUAAAUGGAUGCAUUGACACUAAACAGGGAGGAUUACUGGUGAGAUGACUGUGAGAAGGCCUUCCUGAGAGCUCAGGCUUAUGGUUCUUGUCUCUGUGGCUGAUUUUUUUUAGUUGUCAGUUACCCUUGUCAGCUGGAAGAAGAUACAAACAAUUAAAGAAUGAAAAUGACAGGAAAAAAAAUGCUCUGCCAGGACUCACUGUCGCCCCACCAGUGUCGCUCUCACUUGCCGUUUCACUCUGCCGUCAUAUCCAGCUGCCCACUUCUACUGUUCAAUCCUAGAGGAAGUGGCCGUUUUCCUGACAUUGGUUGGGUCGUGUGUUCUGAUAUCUUAUCAAGGACAGACGGCCGUUCUUGAGAAAAUGAUCCUACACUAGUUGUUGCUAUAGUCUCCUGUACUCCAAAUUCUAUGCCAUCCGAAUUUGGAAGAUGUUGCCUGGUAUUACUUUAGUGCCUAGAAAUUAUUUUGAGAGAGAUUUUACUCCUUGUUUUAAUUCAAAGUCGAGCAUUUUUAGCUUUACAGUCAAGCUUUGAUUAUAUCAGUGGGCUUACAAAUUAAUACACCACGAAAGACAAUCGCAGUGGACACCACAUACAGCUAAAAAUACUCGAUGUUAAUUAAAGCAAGGAGAAAAAUCUUGCUCUCAAAAGAAUGUCUAGGCACCAAUGUAAUAUCAAUGUCUAUCAAGUGAGUAGCAUGCCCACUACUGAGAAAUAAAAGUUAUGGAAAAAAACAUCAAAGCAUGUUAUGCCAAGCGCACGUUAGCUCACAUGGAUUUCUAAAAUAUCCUUUCUAGGAACUUGUUUUUUAUAUCGAAAUCUGUGCGACAAGAAAUAUCAUAAGGAAUUCAAUUUUUUGUGAACUAUAUAAUCAUAUUUAUGAGAAGGACCAGUGUCCUCAGCUAAUAUUCCCUUGGACAUUAAAAUAAAUUUCAUAUAAAGAUAAGCACGUGGUCAGAAAAGAAUCUUGGAAAUAAAUCAUGUUGAGAAUUAAGAAAACCAAAAUCCUACUGGUCAAAAACGAUGAAUUAGAAGAGGGAAUAAAGUGUGCACAAGAAAUGUUAGAGUAAUGUCCACUUUCUGCACCAGGAUUCCACUAUUAACUAUUUCAAGAUGUCUUAUCAUAGGGAGUUUCAAACCUCAUGCCAACCAUACUACAACAGUUGACCCACAUACUAGUCUUGCCACAAUAAUAAUUAGGAUUCAAAUAAAUUAACGAAUUAAUUAACCAAUGGAAUGAGUUGUUAAAGAACCACCAUGUGACCCACCAAGAACAGUCUACUUUUGAUGGAUCAGAAAAUUCUUCUCAAUGGCAUGAUUACUGGUUACAAGUACACUCAAAUAUUUUGUGAGUUCAGUUAAGAGGUGAGAUAAGAAGCUCCUUAAGGGAAAACAUCAUAAAGAACAAACUGUGCCAUAAAAAAUAACCACCUAGGUGGGAGUUUACUUUAAAAAUUGUUUGAAUACUUUUCAAAAAAUAAAUAAUUACACUAUAAAGGAGGUUGAGAAACCAGUAAAAAUUCUAGUUUACAAGGACACCUUCAAAUUGAAGGAUCAGAUCACUAAUUAAACGAUGAAUGGCUGUAAUAAAUGCAUUACGUAAUGCCCAACAUUCAGAUGAAAGGAUUGAAAAUCCCCACUAGCUAUACCAUACACCAAGUUUACUUUUUAUCUAGUAUGAAUAUGUGCAUAUUCUCUUCCAGUAAACGGCAUUAAUAUUUUCAAAACCGUUGAAAUGCACCGCAUGACAUGAAGAGAAAGAAAGGGUAGUGUCCACAUUUACUUAAAAUGCUGGAAUUUGUCAGGAAUCGAUGCUAGUUAUACUAUCUCCUUGCUGGUGUAUGCUUUGUUGCGCAUGUGUUUGAGGAAACAAAUACAUAAAAAGUUAUGGAUUGUAAUAUUGUGGAUAAUAGAGAUAUACUGAUUUAUUUGUUGUCAUAAAAUCUUGCUCAGGCUAAAGCACUGGCUGAUUUUUUUAUUUUGACAUCCUCUCAGAAAAUUACGAACAUAAAAUUGACAGGUAAAAAUCUGGUUUAGGUAGUAGGGGUUGUAGAAAACUGUUUGCCUUCUUUCCUCUUCUUAGGAGUUGAAUAGUUGUCAUUGCAUGAUUCUUUUUCGUCAUUUUGUUUCUCCUGUGGAUAUUUUCAUCUACUCUUGGAAAAAUUUGUUACACGUCUAUCAGAAUGUACUUGUUCGGUGGUAUUUUUAUGUCACCCCUGUUUGAAGUAAGAGGUAAAUUUCCUUCUUGCAGUAGUAACGCUCAUCCACUUAUGCUUAACUGCAAAGUUGAAAACUGAGAGAUCCAUUUCCAGUCAUGUGCUAUUUAUAUUUGUAUUUUUAAAGCUACUUUACAUUGAUUUUUGCUCAUAUUGACGAAACGACCCUGAGCGUCAUACAAUGUAUUAUAAUUCAUUUGGGUGGUUACAUGCAUCAUGAUACAUUUUGAAUAUUGCAGGAUAAAGUAGGGUCCACUACUGUGGAGGCUAUGCUUUCUAGAUCUGGGCCUGUCUUUUACGGGGGUCUUAGAAACCAUGAGCGAGUAAGAUUGUAUAUUAACUUAAUACUUUUGGAGUAGCUUACAUGAAGAAUCUGCUUCGAGAGAGUCCCUCUUUACAAGAUAUCUUAGGUUGUCUCUUUGGAUGACAGGUUCCUCUGCCAUUUUCUGAUUUUAUCAAGUUUUGUCAACAAAAUUCCCAGCUGAGCAAUCAAAAUGGUCCAGCUGGUGCAGAGGGACACAUUGAUACAGCAUCUACGCUUACUUACCCAACAUUUAUUUCGACUAAUGAUCAAGUUUAUCUGGCUCAGGUAAUACAAUAUCUACAGUCCAACUCUGGUUCUCUCUUAGAAUUUUCUGUUCAUCAAACGUGUAAUGCUCUUUUUCAUUCCUCACGAGGCUUGCUCUUAUAUUUCACUUGUGCUAACUUUGAAGGGAAGUGAGCCAGUUAAUUAUUCAUGACUGAAGUGGUUCUGUUAAACAAGGUCAUGUUCGGUUGACAAGAAAUGUUUGUUUAUGUAGGUUCCAAUUUUGACGGUUGAAAACAAUGAAAAGUCACCCUUGCAAAGCCUGAUUGAUGACAUUGAGAAGGUACAAUGAUAGUCAUGUAUUCUCGACAAUCUGUUUUUCUUACGACAGUAUCUGAGAUUUGAAAUAGGAUAACACAUCUCUCCUUUUCUUACCAUGGUCCCUUGUUGUCUAUUGGUGCAGCCUAUAUUUCUUGAAACAAACACGCUGGCAUCUAUUAAUUUCUGGAUGAACAAUGUGGAGUCUAGAUCUAGUAUUCACUAUGAUCCACACCAUAAUCUCUUAUGUGUCAUUGCUGGUCGUAAACAAGGUGCAACUUCAAGGUUAAUUAGGAAUUGUCUUUUCAUUUUCUUGUUACGCUACAGUAAAUAUUUAUAUCGGCAGCAUGAUUUUUCACUGUAGACAUUGUUCUUCUGCAUUGCCUUUUCUUACACCACAUGUUCUCGUAGUUCAUGGAAUCAACUGACUGAAAUACAAUAUAACACGUUGCUUAAAGACUGAAUCUAGCUUUCUAUUUCCUUCACUAAUAAUCUAAAAAUUGCUAUGCGCGUUUUAGUUUAGUGACGUCAGGAGCUUGAAUGGAAGUAUAGUCUUGGCUGUGGAGAACGUGGACAAUCUACUUCUUCCUCUAAUUAAUUAAUUCUACAAUCCGUUUAGAUUGUUCCAUUUUGGGAAACCUCAGAUAUUAACUGCAAAUUUGAAGUCCAUUUGGACUAUCUAUAAACUGAAGGCUCAUUUUCUGUGUGAGCAAAUACUGUCUUUUUUUGUAAACAAAAAUCCUACUGUUGGAUCCAGGGGCCAAGAUUUUAUUCUUGGAUGACGAUUUGAGACAACGUUUCUCUCUUUGAAGAAUUUAAAUUUUCAAUGAGCAUUUUACUUCAUAGCAUUUUCUUUUGUGUAUGAGGAUUUAACAUUUCCUAUUUUGGAAAAGGAAUUUUUUAUCUUGACACCUCUACAAUGUAUUUCAGUGUUUCUAUGGCCACCUUCAGCAGGCUGCUUUCUCUACCCAAUGCCUGUGUAUGGAGAAGCCUCCAAUCAUAGGUACGCUGGGCUUGUACACUUGCAAAGUUCUGCUUUUAAUUUGCAUGUUUAACAUUGAAAUUUGUAGUAAAUCUAGAACACUUUGUUUCUCUUUCCUCUGGUAACGUGAAUAACUUUGUACUCUUCUUUGAAUUUACAUUAUUUUUUUGUUAUCAACUGUUAUCUUAUCUACUUUCAUCUUUAUCUUUUAAUUUUUUUCUUUGCCACUGUGUUUCUCUCUCAGUUCCUUGGAUAUACAAAACCCUGAUUUUUCUCGCCAUUCAAGGGCGAAACACUAUAUGGAGUAUUCCCAAAAGGUCAUUCUUCAUGGUGGUGACGCCCUUUUCAUACCUGAAGGCUGGUAAGACAGAAAGCUACCGGAACUUUAGGCAGUCUGUUAGUGUAUCAACUCAUAUGGGCACUUCUUUUUUUGGUGACAUUCUGAAUUUUAUUCUACAGGCUAAUCGGACUCCUCAUCCUAACUUGUUACUCUCACUAAUUCAAUACUACAUUUCUAUUUCAAUAUCUCAUUUUUGUCAUUUAGAAGAUGUCUGGUUCUUCUGUUCACUCAGCCUGCCUAACAAUAUAAGAUCGCGUACAGAAAAACAUAAGACAGAAGAAAAACUUUCAGUCUGCAUUCUUUUCAAAAGGCUGUCUGCGUAUAAACAUUAUCAUCAUCUGUCGUGAGUGUACAUACUGUGCCCUUUUUAGGUCUUGGGUAUGCACCUUCCUUGCUGAUGGUGGCUUAGCAUUCAGUGUUCCAACAAUCUGAUAUCCCUUUGAAGUUCUUCUGAAGUUUCUUCUGGUUGAAUCUCUCUGUCAUAAUCGUAAUCCUCUGCUAUAUUGGUAUUGCGAAAAAACUGGUUUGCUGCAUGCAACUUGUACUAGAAGCCGAAAAAUAAUUGAAAAUCAUUACACUAUUCACACCAUUGAAAGCCUGACAUCUUUUGACUCAGAAGAUUACGUGUAAUAAUUCUUCACAGUGGGUUGAGUGAUUCGCCAUCAACAAAUAAUGGGAGAAGAUCUGUGGUCUUCAAGGGUGUUUCUUAGAAGGCAUGUGACAGGGUUGCUGGUCUUAUACUGAUAAGGAAUUUCUUAAUGAGGUUAUCGGAAAGGUUGAUAAAUUGCUGCAUGAUUCCUCAUCCAUAGCUUCAUUCUCAUCCAUUCUAAAUGUGUAUCUUGUUAGUCAACCAAGCUCUCAACUUCAUUAGGAUUUAUUAUCGGCGUCAUAAUUGUUGUAAACCAUAAUCAACAAGCGUGCUGAGGGCAUAUUUUAUUUGAAUAUGCAAAGUUGAAAAAUCUCAAAUAGCUUCCAUUAUGACUGAGAUGGUGAACAAGGGAAUAUUAGUAUCCUACAUAAUAUGUUAGCAAUAAUAAAAUUAUGAGUAUCAAGAUACUUUACCCGUUCUUUAGAUGGCUCAAUGACUCUAACAUGGGAUCACAAAUGGUUGCGUUUAUCUGUACAUGCUCUUGUUGUCUCCGUGACAAAGAGUAAAACUUGAUGUACACAGAAGGGGCUGAUAUAGUUCCGUGCUGAUUAUUAUAGAAAUAAACUUCUGAUCAUCUCCACUCAUUGCCAAUUCGCUUUGAGUCGGACGACUCGAUUAUUCUAAUGAAGUGCUUCGGAAAACGUUUUUGGUUUCCAAUCCUUGCAAAUGUCAUUCAUAGAUAGCUUCCUCUGUACUCUUAUGUUGUCCAAUAAAUCCAUCAAAACCAUCUCAAUUUUAUUUCCUUCAUUGCAUUUACCAUUCAAUGGGGUCUUUCUAGUCAAGCUCUUUUUUACCUGAGCUUGAUGAUUUUAGGGUCUCAAAACAGGAACCAAAAAAAGGGUGGAAACUAGAGCAGCAGCCAGGGAACAUAACUGAAAGGAACGGGGGAAAUUAACUCCAUUGAGAAAGAAAAUAGGAAAGAACUGAGUGGUUUCCGGAGGAAACCCUAGAACAGUUAGGGACGGGUUUGAGAGCGCCUCAUCUCCCACUGAAUUCUUCCAACAGGGCCCCACAGUGAGGACCCUUACGGGUCGUUAUACCCAUACUUCUUAAUAGGCCCUUGGCCCGGCUUCCUUUGACCCACCUACAUCUUAACCUUCCUUCUCCAGGCUUAACUCGGACAUUGGGCCCAACAGUUCCGGACCUAACAGACGAUAACUCAUGUGAAUCAAGGAUUCUACCAUUACUGUCUUCUAUUGUAACACCCCAUUCGAGGGUAGUGUAGAGUGUCAACCUCCAUUCUCCAUCUUUGCUGAUUUUCAAUGCUGAAGAUGAAAUUAGGAGGGACAAAAAAGUUCUGUACAGCUAAAUAGAGACGACCAUAGAUCAAGGGCUUAUUUGUCUGUGCAUUAAGUUGCAUACAAUAAACCAUAUGGCUACUUAAAUUUUCGUCCUUUUAAUGUCAGUAUAACUAAGAUAUUAGAUGAUGACAAGAAAGCAUUAAGAAGAGAUUUGUUUUGGUUGGGGAUGGGGGGGGGGUGAUAAAAAGUAGUCCAGAAUGUAAAAGAGAAAAAGGCCCAACCACUUUAGAAGCAUGAGAAGAUUGGCCCAAAAAUUAAUUGGGUCCAGUAAAGCAUAAAGACUGGUCCAACGGCAGUUUAUUUUGGUUAUGUUCAGAUUCUGUUAGAGUUUGUUUUGGUUAUGUUCAGAGUCUGUCAAAGCAUGUCCUUCUAUUGUUUUAGAAUUUUUCCUGACUUUUUUCAAAGUCUGUUUGCUUUUUUCAACCUCCUUUUUGGCCUAUAUAAAGGCCCUCCAUUUUAACCUAAGGAUCAAUUUAAAUAUUACAAGUUUUUUCUCUCAUGAGAUUAUUGAUAGAAGAAAAGGCUGGAACCGUGCAGAACGGAGAGAAAUAUGGAAGGAAACCUCGUCGACAAAACAAAACAGAACCACGUAAGAAGUAACAAGGGGAUCCUCCUUCUCAUAAAUGCCCCGGUACCGACAAGAGAUCAGUUGUGGAGGAUCUUUCCCACUCUCCCCGUGCGACCAGACACCUAGAGUUUUGGUAACCCUAACCUUUCCUUAAUCUCCUAUCUUAUACCCCCCUCCUUAUGCUUGCCCACAAUUACAGGUUUGCCUUUUUUUGACGACAGUAAAUGAGAUGGGUUGCGGGUUCUUGAUGGUUACAGGUUGAGGGGGGCAUUAGUUAUCCUCUCUCUACAUAUGGGUUUAACUGCUUCAUGUAGAUUUAAGGUCUCCCUCCUGUGAAUUCAAGUGUUGAAGUCUCCAGUUCUGUGGAUUCAAAACUUGAUUUCUUCUUCAAAAUUCGUGCUGUGGAUUUAUGUCCGGAUCUUGCUAUCAUCUGUAUCAAUGUUGCAUCAGAGAGAGACAGAAACUAUAAAGAUGCACGUCUUCAAAAUAUCCACCUAUUUCUACCAUUGGUGUUGGUGGUGGAUAGAGAUAUAUAUAUAUGUAUGUAUGUAUGUAUAUAUUCAUGGAUAUACAUAUAAGUCUGUCUAUUAUAUUAUGUGGAUAUGUAUGUUACACAAAACUUUGGGGGGGAGGGGAGGGGAGGUAGGGAGAGAGAGAGGGCAGUGGCAGAUAAGUCUUGGGCUUGAGAAAGAAUGGUGUGGAGGAAGCAGGGCUUGUAUCCUGAUCCUUUUAUUGGACGGUCCCAACCACUUGCAAGAGCUGUGUACGCCCUAGGGCAUGAAACAAGGAGAAAGGGUUGGAAGGGAUGGCUGGAUUGGAGGAAUAUCAGCCUCCUCAGUAUGGAUGAUGUUGGCUAUGUAAUGCAAAUGGUAGAUGAAGAGGAUGGGAGAGUAGGAGGCCAAGAUUCUCAUCAUGGAAACUAUUAGCUGGUGUUUUUAUCGUGGAGAAUGGGGAUCAUUUCUAAGCUGCGUGGUAAGUCCAGUGCCAACCUGAUAGUGCUAAAGUGGGGGCUUGAGAAGGAAGAGAAAAAUAAAAUAGAUUCAAUUUAGAAUGAAUAAAACAUUUCUGAUGUUGAGUAGAAGUCCUGAAAAGGGUUCAUGAAAGCACAAUGUGGGGGAGAAGAGGAUAAUAAACUCGAAUUAUCAUUCAUCAAAAAGUUUCUACCAUGGAGCCCCUACUUGAUGCAUAGGAGAGUUGGGCAAUGAUGACACCUAAACUAAGUAAAUGGUUGUCCCUUUUAGGAAGCGCUUAAAAAUGUAGAAAGUUGGCCUUUUGAGAAUUCCACUGAACUAAUAAAAAAAGGAAACCAAAAUUUCAAGGAUUGAACAAUGCCCUGACUGCACCUAAUACAGAUGUGAAUUUUUAUCGAUCUUGUUCAUUUUCUCUCUUUGUCGUUCUACCUAGGUAGCAACCAGGAUCACUAUCUCAUCUAAAUUGAAUUAUCUUAUAAAAUGUCUUAGUCUUUCAAUGUCAAAGUGACUCUAUUUAGAUUUCCUUCGGCCUUUAGUGGUAACUUUAGCAAUAUGGUUUCCUCGAGUUCUCAAUAGCUCUUCAGAAAAAAAAUCUUGUCAUGGACAAGGAGACUGAGGCUGACACAUCAGAACUCUCUUCUUUGUUAUGCGAUUUUCUUUUAGCUUCUAGAUUAGUCUGUUUCAAGAUGAAUUCUGGAAGAAACUGAUCCUAUUGCACACAGGUUUCACCAAGUCGACAGUGAAGAUUUGACUAUUGCAGUGAACUUCUGGUGGCAUUCAACCGUGAUGGGCAGUAUGUUGGAGCACAUGGAUGCGUACUACUUGCGGCGGAUAUUGAACAGGUUUUUUUUUUUUUUCAAUUUAUUAGAACUGCCUGUUCUUUGACCAAUUAUGAUUUUUUGUGUAUGGAGCGCUGACACAUUGUUUUACUCUUCUGUUUGAACCUGCCAUCAAAUCAUUUCUCCAUAGAAAAGACUGGUUGACAAGGAAAUGGUAUGCAAUCUCUACUCAAAUUGGGUAUUUAUUAUAGCUAGGGUCAAAAUUUAUGAACACCUAGUGAGGUGCAUUCCAGUUUCAAUCACUUUCAUGGAUGUGAAGAACUUCACUUUUGAUAACCAGUUCAUCAUUGUUCCUUCUGUAAGGUGUUCAAAUAUUCUUAAUCACUUUGUCUGGUUUGGAAAUCAGAAAUUUAGUAGACCUUUUGAACUUGCACGUUGUUUUAUACUUUCCAUGGAAGAAUCAUGAUUGUUCUAAGAAGAUAUGCGAAAAAUUCUUCAUCGUCCUCCCUACAUGGAAAUCAAAAUUCUAAGAAGAUUUUCCAACUCGAUUUAUAUUCAUUUGAACGGAAGCUACUUUUCUUCACUGUUUCAUUCUGAUUGUUUUUCACCUGGUGUGUGAUGCUGAACGAGUUGACGAUGUAUUAGAAGACACGUUUGAUGUGUGAUUUUAGAAUAUUUUUCCAUGCAUUAAAAAAGUUGAUGUUAUAAAAGAUCACUACUUGACUAAUAUGAGAAGAAUUGUCUAAAACAUCUGUUUGUAUGGAAUUGACCCAGUAAUUCAUCACAUACAAGAAAAUGAAAGCGAUAUAAAUAAUUCCAGUAAAAAAAUUUUGCAGUUCCAAAUAUAUUUUCAUUUUAGAUCAUUCAUCAGCAUUGAUGGAAGGGAGAGUAUAUGACCUGAAAACCUUGAAGUUAUUCGGUGGCUAAUUAUUUUUCCAACACUUCUGACAUAUUUUUUUCCUAACUAAAAAUUUAAUUGUGCACCUUUUGUUUGUCCAAUACAUCAAUUGACGUUAUAGAAUAUGUUCUAUCCUCAUUAUUGCCGAGAAAAGAUGCUAACCUGCAGUGGGCUUUUCUUCUCCUAAUUAUUUCCUUGAGAAUACUUUAGUCUUGGAUCUUGGCCCUUCCUAGGUCCUAAUGGUUGGGAAUUUUCUAUUUUUCACGUUUUCUUAUAAAAAAAUUUACUGGGAAAUAUCCAGAAAAAUGUCUUGCAGAUGUUUUCCCUGUCAUUUUAUUCUUCUUGCAGAAUUCUUGCACCCUGGUGUGCACCUCAAAAUCCUAUGUUAGUAAUUGAAACCGUGAAGAAACGCUGAACAGUUUGCUUCUUUGUUUGCUAACUAACAGAACGAAAUGCUUUCUGGGAAGGAAAAUGGUCCGAACAAAGCCACCGAUAUUUCCAAAUCGACUAGUGAAGCUUCUAAAGGUUGGUUUUUUUUUCACCAUUCCACUGUUGAUGUAGCUAAUCACUGAAAUUCUUAAAAACUAUCUUUGAUCAUUAUUUAAAGUGUUCAAAUGCAGUGACAGGGAGUAGUUGAGACUAAAUAAAAAUUAGAAAAUUUCAAUUACUUCAAAGUUUCGUGUUAUGAUUUUCAAAUCUCAAAUACAAUGUACAUUUUUCAAUUUCUUAAGUGAAUUUUUUGAUAAAAAGUCAUGCUAGUUGAGUCAUAAUUGCACUUUCCUGUGGGUAGGCGUGUUCGUAAUUCUUAUGAAAUGAUGAUUGUGGGCUGCUGGUAAUGGUGGUGGAGUGGUGGAAACUCUCCUUGCUUAACACUUCUUUGGAGAGGGGGAAUAGUGUGAUGUUCAUUUUAAAUUAAGUUACACGCUCUCUGAUGAAAGGAUAAUUUGACAACAGUGCUAGCCAAAUGGACAAUGCAGAAAGCGGCAUGUCAGAGUAUAUGCCCUCAUGAGCAGCACCCUUCCCCAUCAACACGGCUCCAUUAUCUGUGUGGGCAUGAUGAAAUGUAAGGUAAAUCAAGACAUUGAAGGAAUUCCUAGACAGGGGCCAAUUGAAAGCGUUUGAGGCCUAAAACUUGAUUAUUCGUGUAAAUUGUACUUAAACAUGUGGAAACUUAUUUGAUCCAUGGAGAGGGUCAACAGAUUAUUAACGAAGAAACAGUGUUCAUUACAUUGUUCAAUUAAAAUUUCAAGGCAUUAUUUGGAAUGGAAAAGUUUGUAACGUGUUAUCUCAGUCCGCGUGCUGCCCUGUUUUUCAUAUUGAAUUAUUCAUGCUUCUCUGAUUCGUGGUGUAUUCUGUCUUUAGUUCAAGUCACGUCACUGAAACAAGGGGACCCUCAUAUUAAGUUAACAAGGCUGUCCCAAACCUAUUAUUCUCUGCUGAUGGUAACAGAAACUGGUGAAUGAGUGGAAAAAUAGAGGAGGCCAAAUCGAUCUGCAAAUUUAAGGUUCCUUGUGUUGCUAGGCUUACUGGUGUUCCCCCCCAUGUUAUCUGAAGCCAGUGUUCAUAUCUGAUGUUGUAUUUCUAGUGAGUUGAUUUCCAUCCUCAUUUAUAUUUUCCAGGUCCAAUCGACACUAGUGUCAAUGAAAAAACGGAGAGAGGAAAUGGUGAAAAGAAAGGGCUGUCGUUGGAACAGUUGGAACCACUGGAGCUCCAAGCUCUGAAUGAAAUCGUUUCAUUGGUUCAUGAAAGUGUGAAAGUUGCAAGCCAAGAUCAGUCUUAUGUGCAGGACUCUUUUGCUCACAAAGAGGACAAUCAAGAAGAUAAACGCCAUAGUGGAAGCUCAUUUAUCAUCAGCGAAGAUCCUGUUGCUGGUAUUCUGCAGAAAAUGAAGCCACGUGUACUCCAAAGUGUCUUGCUAGCCAUGGUGGUAUGAUGAUUUUCCUUUGGAUUCACUUGAAGAACUACUAUAGCCUCAAUGAUUUUGAUUUUUUACCUAGAAAAUUUUAAUAUAGUGUAGACGAGAUGAUUAAAAUGCAAGAAGAUAACCUAAUGUCUUGGUUGCCAUCUAAAUAUAGGACAUGAAAUUAUUUCAGGAUCAAAAAAUUGGGGUGAGCAUAUUGAUCUGGAUCAGAUUCGGUAAACUUGCAAUUCAGGAAAGGGACCUAUCUGAAAAAAAUGAUUCGAAAAUAAUGAUGAAACUUGUGACGGCAUGCAUAUAUAUUUUAUUAACGUAGUGAUGGAUUUAGUAAAUACAAAUGUUGCUAUCAUCAUUUGGCACAUCUUCUUGUCUCUCUCCUACAGGGCAGUGCAACCCCUUUUUUUUUUUUUUUUUUUUUUUUUGGGGGAUAACUGUCUUGAGCCGAACUUCUCGUGAGGUCACCCGUCCGAGUACUUCACACACCCAAGCACUUUGGUGCCUUUCAGCACAUUCUUCAGAGAUAGAUGCCACUAGUGCCUCUCGGCAUGGUGGCGUAAGGCUGCCUCUUGGCAGGUUGUUUUUCAGAGCUAGGUGCCUCUCGGCACGUUGUUCGGGAGAUGGAUGCCACAUGUGCCUCUCGGCAUGGUGGCAGAGGUGCCUCCUGACACAUUCUUUGGAGCUGAGUGCCUGUCGGCACGUUGUUCCUCUCGACACGGUGGCAGGGGUGCCUCCCGACACGUUCUUCGGAGCUGAGUGCCUGUCGCCACGUUGUUCCUCUCGAUAUGGUGGCAGUGCAACCCUUGUUGUUGAAUGAAAAGAAAAAAAGGCAAAAGGGAGAAAACGUUGUAACCAACGGCAUAGUUGACAGAGUCUUAGCCAAUCCUGCUGACUAGCAUUUGGGGUAUAUCUGCAUGUUUUCUUGAACCCAAAUGAAGGUAGACGAGGUGCAUGAACUAAAAAUAGGUGCCUGAAAGCCCCAGCUCCCAUCCGAGCAGCAACUAGCUAGUCCCAGUGUAAAAUAAAUCUGAGUAUGAGUAUGAGGUUCGUCCUCAUAUUUCUCUCAAAAAAUUUAGUCUUGAUUCUCUGGGUAGCUUUGAUGUUCCUAGAACUUUGCCAUUUAUAGCUUUAAAUUUUAAUUUCAGAAAUGAAAUUGGACGAAAGUUAGAUAUUGCUAUAGAAUGUGUUAGUAUUGAUAGAAGAUGCUAGAGUGAGAAAGUAAUGAUUGGCACAUCAAUACCAACGAAAUUCAUGUCAACUCGACCUUGAGUAAAUCACUUCUGUCAUCUCUCGCUCCUCAUUCAUCACCACCAUAGUCAUCUCAAAGUCUUUCUGCAUAUGGAGUUUCAUACAGACGACCAUAUGCAUCCCACCAUGACCAUGAAUGAAGAUGAGUACCAUGAAACUGUACAUGGCGUUGUUCAACACUGGAAAUCAAGAAGCCUCGAAAUGUUUUCGGGAACUGCUAGAUACCAUCAAAUCUGGUUUCUAGAGCUAGCCCGAGCUACUAUUUCCCAAAUUUGGCAACAACUGGCUGGGAUAUCAUUCGCUCAGGGCAAAGGUGAAGGAAGAACAACAAGAAGAAAGUGGUGGGUCUAGUGAGAAUGGCGUGGAUUAGGUUGAUCUGAUCUAGAACUCAUCUUUAGAAAGUUUAUCUAUACUGCCUGCAAUUAAUUGAUCACGCAAUCUACUUUAAGACCUACAUCUUUCUACAAUGACAUACUUCUGAUUGGCGUUUCAGCAUAGCUUCCCAAGAACCUUGGAGGCUCUUAUCCUGCAAUCUCUCUCACCUCUAGCGGCGGAGAUCCUCACUCGUAAAUUCGACGAGCUUGAUCAGCAGACAUCAAAAGAAGAACAGUAUGAUGAUAUUUUUUUUUAUCAUAUUGAUUUCUUUCCAGCAUCUCUGCUUCCGAAAUCUGACUGUCCCCCACCAUCUGCUCCAGGGGUGAGUUCUUUCAGCUGUUCUAUGGGGUAUUCGAUGACCAUUUUGCCGCAAUGGAUUCGAUUUUAAACGGAAAGGAGUCAUUUUCCUUCCAGGUAGUUCCUUCUUUCUUGCUUUCCAAGUAACCAUGCUAAAUCAUGUCAUAAAUAUCAAUCUGCCUUCUGGGCACCGAUACCUGCUGAGAUGCAAGAGCAUGUAUGUAAUUCUUGAAGGGAUUAUGUUCCGUUUGAUUGGAUAUCAGCCCUGCAGCUGAGAUGUUGAACGUGAUUUUUCUUUCCGGAAUCAGAAGAUCUUGUGUGAUCUUAAAUUGUACAUUUUCUUUCUCUUUCUAUUGACUUCAGCGUUAUGUGUUGUAUGUAGGUUUUCAGAAACGUUCUCAACCAGUACUUGGGGGUAGAUGUCUCCAUGCCCAAGCAAUGA